AUGAAAGGAGGGGAAGAGAUAGACGCGCUAAGGUUCUACCUUGGAUCGAACGAGGACCACACCGUUUACGAAGGAGAACUAGUGGGAAUGGUAUUAGCGGUGGAGCUGCUCAGAGGUAUAGAGGAAGAGAACAACACGAUGGCACUAGGAGCAGACAAUCAAGCCGCGAUCUUAGCGACACAAGCCUUCAACUCGAAACCGGGACAUUACCUCAUGGAUAUAUUCCACGACGACCUUCGCAUAGUCCUACCAGAACAAGACCGACGCCAGCUAAUCAUCUGCUGGUCACCAGGACACUGCGGAAUCCAAGGGAACGAAGCUGCCGACACCCACGCGAAAAGAGCUGCUAGGAAAGACACAUCAGAUACCAGACGCCUCCCCCAUUCUCUCCGCUCACACUCCAAUCCAAUAAUCCUUCCCUGA